UUAAAAGAGAAGUUGAUGUGAGUAAUGAAGAUGAUCUAAGAAUAAAAGAACAAGCUAUUUUGGAUCUAGGUUCACUAUUAGCAAAGAAUGGUCGUGCAGCAGGUAAGAUCAGUUUGCUUUUACAAAUCCUGAUGUCUUGAAUAGUUGAUCAAAUCCUGACAAAUUAGGCGUAAAAAAAACCCCUGUGGUUCCGGUUCCUGACCGACCCUAUUUUUUCUGCUGACCCUAUUAUUUUUUCAACGCGAUUGACCAUGCGACCCUAUUUUCUCUGGGUGGUUGUAGGCUACUGCCAAAAUGGCGUCUGUUGUCACACUAAUUAUUGAAAAAACCAUGAAAAAAUAUUCAAAAAAAAAUUAUUCGCGAUAUUAAACCAGAACCACAGACAUUUUUUUUAUGCCUUACCAUUAUCUGUUGCUGGCACUGGCUUUCACUUAUGAUUGGAAUGCAAUACAUAUGUACAGUACUUGUUAUUCUAUAAUAUUAAACCUAUAAAUGUAAAUAAUUAUAUAUGUACAUUCUCAUGCAAGAUCGGCGAGAGCCAACCACGGGCCGCGGGACAAAAUGACGAUUGGUGAACACAGGGCCCCUGUCCCUCUCAAUGACCUGUAUAGUUUUGUCAACUAAGUCAUUAGCUUAGGGUUGUGUUGAUAAUGUUAUUGAAUUAUUGCAGAACUUGAAGGUCUAGUGAAGUUUAUCCAACCAUUCAUGCUGCUAGUUUCCAAAGCAAAGGCUGCUAAGAUGGUCCGUGAACUACUGGAUCUUUUCCUUGAUAUGGAAGUAUCUACUGGUACAGAG